UUUCAGGAACUUGAAAAGUCAAAACAUUGACGAAUUGACCAAAAAUACGUAGUAGACUAACGGUUACGUUGCAGAAUUUUGACAUAUUUUUGUAUCAACAAUCCUGAUCACUGUCAUAGUUGGAACCUAAUCGCUGUGCAAGAAGUAAGGAGUAUUUUCAAACGUAAAACUUUUAACUACAAGAUUUGUAAUUUCCCACAAAUACCGCAUGUAGAUCAAGACUGAAUGCGACAUACAAUAUUCGAGUAGGCUAUCUGAUGAGGUGCGACACCUGACUUCAAAGCCUGUCAAUUUUUACCGAUAGUGACAUAUUCCAUUGGUGCAGAGAGCGAAAGUUUUUGCUGCUUCAUUUAUCAUUUACUGUAUGAUGGAAGAUAGAGUUGUUGAUGGGAACUAUGCACAAGAGCUGCACCAGAAGCGUGUACGUGAAAAGCUGAAUGAUGAAAAGAUCAAACUAUGGCUGCCACCGUACACCAAGGAGGAUGGUAGUAGAGGGGAUUCACCAAAUGAUCUGAUUGCAAGGUAUGCCCAGGACUUACAACUGACAGAAGAGAUGGUCUCUGGUAUUACAGAAAAUCUGAGGGUCCAUGCUCUUCACAAACUUGCAGAGCGAGAGAAAUAUAAAAAAUCCGGACUAGCCUCACUGAAAGUGAAAAUGACUGGUCUACCAACAAGUGCAGAUAAGGUACAGCAUAUUUCUCUUGAGAUCAGCCUUAAUGUCUUGGGAAAAGACUUGAGGGAUAUGUUGUCUGAACGGAUGGCACUACCAGCUGACCAGCUGAAGCUCAUUUGUCAGGGACGUGUAAUUACUAACCAGACAUCUCUGGAAUCCCAGGGAGUAAAGCAUGGCUGUCAGAUAAUGGGACUUUGUCUGUCCAUGAGCCAGGCUGAGACUGCUAGGCAACAGGAGGAUGUAGCCAGGAUGAUUGACACCCGUAAGGCAGCAGAACUUCUCUCUGACAAUGCAGAGACAGGUGACUAUGAUAUCCAGAUUGCUGACCAAUCAGGAAGGCCUCUGAACUUACCAACAGCAGAGAAAAAGGCUCUCACACUGGCGAUGACUUUACAUGAGAAGGGAAGGGCAGCUCUGAAAAAGCAGGAGUAUGGCCGUGCUCUACUGCUGUUGUUGGAAGCCGAUAAGGAAUUUAGAAAGUGUCGAGCAGAUAUCCUGAAUGCUGUUGACAACUAUGCUGUCCUUUGUCUAGAUAUCGUUUGGUGCUAUCUGUGUCUGAGAAAUGUUGAAGACUUACAUGAUGCAGACAUACGGCUUCUUGCCAGUGAGGAUUGUUUCCAGAGGACCUAUGGUAACAACAUGGAGAGACUAUUGGCAGUUAAGGGAGGUUCAGGGACAGAGCUCGCACUGUUUAUGAGGUUACACCUACUGCAGGGAAUAGUGGCCUUCCAUCAACACAGGACAGAAGAAGCUGGCAGAUUGCUCAAUAAGGCUGAAGAAGAGCUACAGCGGUUAAAUGUAGAUGAGGACAAACUUGCUCAAGUGAUACAUAUGGGUUUCCAGGAGAGAGAUGGUCGAUUAGCACUUAGGUUAACCAAUGGGGAUGUUGAGGCCUCUAUCCAGUAUAUCAUGAAAAAGCGUGAGGAAAAAAAAGAAAUAACUAAAAAGGUGGAAGAAGAGAAACGGAAGAAAAAAUUGCAAAAAUGUUUAGGGUCAACAGCAAAGGGAGAUAAGGUCAAUGUGGACACAUACGAGAUGUUACUGGCAAUGGGAUUCAGGAAUGGGGCAUCAGCCGAGGCCCUUCGACAAUCCAAUAAUGACCUAAGCUUGGCCCUAGAGGUACUGCAGAACCAUCCUGAACUGUUAGAUCUGCCUGACCCUGUAACAAUGGAUUCUUCAGUAUCUAUCACAGAUGAUAUGCUUGCUCAGGUGAUAUCUAUGGGAUAUGAGAGUGAUAUGGCAAGGAAUGCUCUACAGAAACACCACGGCAAUAUAGAAAGUGCUAUAGAAGAUCUCAUCAAGUCUGGGGGAGUGGUACUGAGUCCCAACGGAGAAUCUUCCUCCUCAGGACCAUCAACUUCGUCAUCUCAUUCAUCUUCUUCAGCUGACAAGCAGAAACAGAAAGAAGUCCUUGACGAUCUUGUGUCAGACAUUGCCAAAGAUGAAGAUGACUACCUGGAUUUAACGCUUCAAGAGGAAACACAGUUUUUGAACCAUUAUAAAAGUUUGCUUGAAAGUAUAAAAAAGUGACAAUGAUUUGGUGUACUCUUAUCUCAGGUGAAUAUCUUGAUGAGGACAGGAUGUGUUACUCCUCAGGUUAAAGUCAGGCAACUGUCCACUAUCUUGAUGAGGACAGGACGUGUUAUUACCCAAUAGUCUAUAUAAAUUAUAAUUGGUCAUUUUUGACUGUUUCUGGCCUUUUGUCCAAUUUCCGCUGAAGAGGUGAAACAGUCAAAACUGUUUUCCCGGUCAGAGCGAACUCUUACCCGGCGCAAAUUGGAUGCGCAGAAAUCCCCCCCUUGAGAACCCCGUUCAAGCG